GUGUUGGAGACUUGGGGAGUAACCAGACCAGACAGUUGUGAGGUCAUGGCAAGACACUGGAGUGUCACUUGUUUGGCAGCACUAGCUCUGCUAUGCCGCUUGGCUAGCAAGGAAGCAGAGGCACAGAAGUACCCUCAAAUGCCUCAGUAUCCCCAGAAACCUGAGUACCAUCAGACGCCUCAGAACCCUCAGCAGCCCCAGAACCCUCAGCAACCUCAUAAUCCUCACCCUCAGCAACCUCAGAUUCCUCACCCUCAGCAACCUCAGAACCCUCAGCAACCUGAGAGCCCUCAGCAACCUCAGAACCCUCAGCAACCUCAGAACCCUCAGGAACCUCAGAACCCCCAGCAACCUCAGAACCCCCAGCAACCUCAGAACCCUCAGCAACCUCAGAAUCCUUACCCUCACCAACCUCAGAACCUCCUGCAACGUCGACUUCAGAACCCUCAGCAACCUCAGAUCCCUUACCCUCAGCAACCUCUGAUCCCUUACCCUCAGCAACCUCAGAAUCCUUACCCUCAGCAACCUCAGAACCCUCAGCAACCUCAGAACCCUCAGCAACAUCAGAACCCUCAGCAACCUCAGAACCCUCAGCAACAUCAGAACCCUCAGCAAAUCCCUUACCCUCAGCAACCUCAGAAUCUUUACCCUCAGCAACCUCAGAUCCCCCAGGAUCGUCAACUUAAGAGCCCCCAGCAACCUCAGAUCCCUUACCCUCAGCAACCUCAGAACCCCCAGGAACGUCAACUUAAGAGCCCCCAGCAACCUCAGAUCCCUUACCCUCAGCAACCUCAGAACCCCCAGGAACGUCAACUUCAGAGCCCCCAGCAACCUCAGAUCCCUUUCCCUCUGCAACCUCAGAUCCCUUACCCUCAGCAACCUCAGAUCCCUUACCCUCAGCAACCACUGAUCCCCCAGGAACGUCAACUUAAGAGCCCCAAGCAACCUCAGAUCCCUUACCCUCAUCCACCUCAGAUUCCCCAGGAACGUCAACUUCAGAGCCCCCAGCAACCUCAGAUCCCUUUCCCUCAGCAACCUCAGAACCCUUACACUCAGCAACCACUGAUCCCCCAGGAACGUCAACUUAAGAGCCUCCAGCAACCUCAGAUCCCCCAGCAACCUCAGAUCCCCCAGGAACGUCAACUUCAGAGCCCCCAGCAACCUCAGAUCCCUUACCCUCAGCAACCUCAGAAUCCUUACCCUCAGCAACCUCAGAUCCCUUACCAUCAGCGACCUCAGAACCCCCAGCAACCUCAGAACCCCCAGCAACGUCGACUUCAGAACCCCCUGCUAUUGCCAUAUGAUGCUUCACAGCCUCUGUACCCUUCAUACCCUAAGCCCCAAAUACCUACGAAAAAUCAGUAUCCUCAGCCACAGACACCUGUUAAACCUCAGUAUCCUGAGAGACCACAAGACCCUGUGAUUCCCAGCACUAAAGGUUGUGAUGUGCCACCAGCUUCAAGAGUACCAUGUGGAGCUCCAGACAUCACUGCCACUGAAUGUGAGGCCAGAGAUUGUUGCUUUCAACAAUCUCUGGCCUUUCAAGGACAGUCUUGCUACUUUGGAAAAGGAGUGACAGUCCAGUGUACCAAGGACGGCCAAUUUAUUGUUGUUGUAGCCAAAGACGUCACCCUGCCCCACAUUGACCUUGAAACAAUCUCACUGUGGGAAGGAGGUCCAGGCUGCACACACGUUGACUCUAAUUCCAUUUUUGCUAUCUAUUUCUUUCCUGUUACUGCCUGUGGCACUGUUGUCAUGGAGGAGCCUGGAGUUAUAAUCUAUGAGAACAGUAUGACAUCUUCCUAUGAAGUGGGUGUUGGACCUCUUGGAGCCAUUACCAGGGACAGCAGCUAUGAAUUACUCUUUCAGUGUAGGUACAUUGGCACCUCAGUUGAAACUCUGGUGGUCGAAGUUCUGCUGUUGGAUAAUCCUCCUCUGCCAAUUGCUGUUGGUCUUGGACCCAUCAGAGUGGGUAUGAAGUUGGGCAAUGGCCAGUGCAUUACAAAGGGUUGCAACGAAGUGGAUGCGGCCUACACCUCUUACUAUCAGGACUCAGACUAUCCUGUUGGCAAAGUACUGAGGGAUCCAGUAUAUGUGGAAGUUCAGCUGCUUAACAAGACAGAUCCCACACUGGUUCUGACUCUUGGACGCUGUUGGGCAACUACAGGCCCCAACCCUCAUAGCCUGCCCCAGUGGGACAUUCUGAUUAAUGGAUGUCCAUAUGCAGACGAUCGCUACCUCUCCACACUGGUUCCAGUGGGUCCUUCAUCUGGUCUGGAAUUUCCAACUCACUACCGACGUUUCAUUUUCAAAAAGUUUACCUUUGUGGACACCAAUUCAAUGGAACCCCUAAGAGAAUACGUAUACAUUCACUGUAGCACAGCUGUGUGCGUUCCAGAACAUGGUGUAAGCUGUGAACCAUUAUGUCACACUAUAGGAAAGAGAGACACCGAGGCUGCAGAGGAGAGGAAGGUUGACCCAAAGGUUGUGGUUUCAUCUGGACAAGUGAUUAUGACUGCCCCUCGGGUGAGCAGAGGCAACCUCAGCAAUUCAACCGGGAACAUUUAGAAAAAAAACACUUUUAAAAAUAAAGCAAGUUUUUAAAAAUAAAAAAAAAAAAAAAAAAAAAGUAACUAUGUAUUUCUAAGUAAAUGAUCGCACAAUAUAUAACCAGCAGUUGAUUCAGUUUUGAAGAUAGGAUGAUUGGUUCAUGUUAGUCCUUCAUAUAAAAGUUGUUAACUUGACAACUGUGAUGUUUGCACGCUAAUAAAGAAAUACACUGGAUUGGA